AUGGCCGCCCUCCGGACCGUUGCCGAGCGACCUGCCAGCUCUGUCGCGGCUCAGCACCGGCUUCAGCUCCAAGAGGAAGAAAGGAUAGCCAUUGCACAGUCGAAAAAACUAAGCAGAGAGUCCAAGACCGUACAGUCGCAAGCACCUGAUCCACCACCACAAGACUUGCCCCAUCGAAGAAGACAACGCCGGAAGGCGGUAGUAGAAGGACAAGCGCCAGCGCCAGCAACCUCGCCCGAGGAAUCUCUGCCACUCGAUGCCUCCUCUCAACUGACCACUGCCGCCACUUCUCUCCCCCCAUCGGCCACGUUUCGAAGAAAAGCUGCCACAUAUUUGUCCCUCACAAAGCCGCGCUUGUCCUUCUUGAUCCUACUCACCACCACUUCUGCAUAUUCAUUAUAUCCCAUACCAGACAUUCUCUCAACCACCGCUUCGUCCGUAGACACCUCAUUUUCAACGUCCACCAUGACUCUUCUCUUCCUCACCACUGGCACCUUCCUGUCGUGUGCCUGUGCAAACACUUUUAACAUGCUUUUCGAGCCCAAAUACGAUGCCUUGAUGACGCGCACACGGAACCGACCUCUUGUUCGAAAGUUGAUUUCGCCUCGAGCUGCCGCCGCAUUUGCCAUCCUCUGUGGAGCUUCCGGCUUACUUUUACUGGAUAUUGGAACCAAUCCUACUGUGGCUGGCCUAUCCGCCCUCAAUAUAUUCCUUUACGCCGGUGUAUAUACACCCAUGAAGCGACUCUCAGCAGCCAAUACCUGGGUCGGCGCUAUGGUGGGUGGAAUACCUCCUCUAAUGGGAUGGUGUGCUGCAGCUGGCCAAGCUGCCACCUCGGAGCAUCAUUCCUGGCAAGAUUUACUCUUUUCAGAAAAUGCCCUUGGUGGUUGGGCGUUGGCCGCCUUGCUGUUUGCCUGGCAAUUCCCACAUUUCACGUCUCUAUCACACACAAUUCGCGAGGACUAUCGCAAUGCUGGCCAUAAAAUGUUGGCAUGGACCAAUCCUGCACGGAAUGCUCGUGUCGGUCUUCGCUAUUCCGUUGCCAUGUUCCCCAUUUGUGGCUUUAUAUACUGGUCAGGCUAUGUCAAUCCCGGUUUCCUUGUCAUUAGUACCGCUUGUAAUCUGUGGAUGACUAGGGAGGCCAUUCGCUUCUGGAGGAAACAAGGUGCCGGUGGUAGUGCAAGGGGCCUGUUCUGGGCCAGUGUUUGGCAGCUCCCACUUGUUUUGGUUGGUGCCUUGGUGUGUAAGAAGGGCAUCUGGGAUGGUUUCUUGGGCUCAAAGGAACCUCUCAGCGUGUAUGACCAAAAUCAAUCCGAAAACGAUGGAGAUGAUUUGGGUAUGGGAACAACCACCUUGCAUACGAAACAGAGUCCUCCAGGCGACAUUAAUUUGGCAAUGAUCGGUUUUAAAAGACCUACUUGA